AUGGGUUCCUGUUUUGGAACGGGUCCAAGUAAGUUCAAAAAAUAGCAGCGGAACUUGUGUAUAACGAAUUCCUCUAUAACAAAAAUUCAAUAUAAAAACAUUCUUUACAACUUAAAACUUUUAUAACAAACAAUUUUCAAUCUUUAGUUUUCUCACUACAAAACGCACUUAAAACUAAUUCUACAUCUAAACUUUUUCAUAACAGACAAAUUUAAGUCCGAAGAAGUUUCAUUAUUUGUAAGCUGUAAAGAAGUUGGACCAGUCCUAAUUUUUUGACCCGCCUUCGUUAAAAUUUGCUUCGGCCCAACCGAAACUAAUGGGCUUCCUUUUAAUAGGUCUAUAGUUAUGAUAAUGCUGCAUAUCUUUUUUAUUUAAAAAUUUUUAUAGAAUAUGCGACUUUUUCUGAUGUAAACAAAAAAUCAUGUUUGUUUUACAGCUUAACCGGCUAGAAAGUUGUUUUAAAAAACCAAAGGUAUCAUAAAGAGAGUGUGCUAGUAACGUGAUCAUAAGCUUAUUUUUUCCAACUUUCCAUGCCUUGCCCUACCCUACAUCAGCCUGCUCAGAGAAAUUUUUGAAUCAAAGCUGUUGCGAAAAAAUCGGCGCCGUUACCUAAUAUCAUGCUAUGAUUAUAUCGCAUUAGAGAAAUUGCAAGAAACCGUGUUACGCAACUUUUUCUUAUGUAAUAUUGUUUAUUUUUGUAAUAUUUGACUCGGUGUAAAACGACCCAACAAAUUACUGCGAGUGCUGGGAUUUUACUCUGUUUUUCUGUGAGGCAUUGUGAUCUAUUUAACUAAAGUAACUUAUUUUUUAACGUUUGUACAGAAAAUCAACUUCUGUAGGCCUAAAGAUUCUACGCCAACUAAGCUUGGGCCUUUUAAUCUAAACCUACUAAGUCUAAGUUUCCUAAGCCUAAGCCUACUAAGCCUAAGCAUGCUAAGCCUAAGGCUACUAAGCCUAAGCCUACUAAGCCUAAGCCUACUAAGCCCUACUAAGCCUAAGCCUAUUAAGCCUAAGCCUGCUAAGCCUAAGCCUACUAAGCCUAGGCCUACUAAGCCUAAGCCUACUAAGCCUAAGAAUACUAAGCCUAAGCCUACUAAGCCUAAGCCUAAGCCUAUUAAACCUAAGCUUGAGCCUAAAAAACUUAAGUUAAGCCUGCAGCGUUGCUUUUUCGCUUCAAAAAUAACUACAAAGCCUAAAAGCGUAACUAAACCUAUUUUUUAAUCCGAAGUUCAUAUGAUAUUCAUCCAUGUUCAUGACAAGUAAAAAUGGACAAUUUUUGCGCUUUUUUCAUUUUUCGCUUUCAUUUUUCUUGAAUCAACUUUUCCCGACGAAAAAUAGCCCAAAAAUGGAUAGAUGCCUUCAGGGUUUGGAAGGACAAACAAGCAAAUUGUUUGGUUUCUGAAUUCAACUUUAUUUUGACUUAUUAAGCUUUAAAUUUCCUAAAUUAGGAACUAGUAGGACCAAAAAUAAUAGUUGGUACUAAACUAUUUUUUGACCUUUAAAGCCGCGGCACGGGUGAAUCAUAAGUUUAAUUGGCGGGCUGUUUAAAAAUACCAAGUUUACUCAAGUUUGUUACCUAAAAACAUCUUUUUAGAAUUUUUUACUUGAUCAUCAUGUAGAUCUUAAAAAUUAUUUUUUUUGCAAUUUUUAAAUUUAAAAAAAUUUCAGAAGUGACUCUUCUCAACUUGUCACCGUCAGCUAUAACAGACCAGGAAAUCGUCGAAAAAGCCAAAACAGAGUUUCGACAGGCCGAAACCCCGGCCCAACGACUCCGUUUUGGCUGUAUUGCCACGGGCAUUUCACAUUUAAAAAGUUUUGCGCGGUACGUUAAAAUUUAAAAUUUUAUCCCCACCCUACCACACCUUACUCUACCCUGCCCUAUCAGACCUGCCUAGUCGUUGCUAUCCUAAUUUUAAUUACUCUACUCUGCCCUUCCAUACUCAAUCCUAUCCUACUCUACCCAGCAUUUCCUGCCCUAAUCUACGCUAACUUACCAUACCCCACUCCGUCCCAUAACUGAAAUUCAACCUCACCCUACCCUAUCUGACCCUUAAUUUGUAGCCUUUCCCUAUCUUAAAAUAUCAUUUUUUAAACUUCAAUUCCUACAACUUCAGAUACGUUCGUCACCACCCCAACAUAACCCUAAAAGAGCUCCACGAUCUUGUCACAAAGCUAGCCGUCUCAUUCACCGACUCAGACCUAGACGAAUUAAUCCAAAAUUACGUCAAAAACGGUCGAAUCGACACCCCAAACUAUUGUCAGAUAUUGAAAUUACUUUGGCCGAACAUCGAAAAAAGCUUCUCAAUGACAUCUUCAACAAAAUUACCGGCCAAACAGGCGAUGAUUCGGUUGAGGUUGCCAAGUUUUUGAGGAAUUUCUGCUUCAAACACGACCGAGAAUAUGUUUCGGGAAGGAAAAGUGAUGCGCAAGUGGUGGACGAGUUCAAAAAGAAGUUCAAUUUGGGCGAGCAUGAGGAUGGAAAGGUAAAAAUUUUUGUUUUCUUAAGUAAAAAUCAGUCAUUUUUUUAUCUUUUUUAAAGACAAAUGUGCUAUAAUAGGGGGUUUCUCACCUGUUUAAGCUAAAAAUAAGCUUUUUCGAUCCGUACAUAAUUAAAAGUAUUCCAUAUAUAGCUAAAAGUACCCAUAUUAUGAUCAGUUUUGCCAUCUUUUAGCUAAAACCAAGCCUCUUUAACCCAUUUCCAGGGAAAAAACAAGCCAAGCUAGAUCUCAAAUUCAUAAAAUUUUAAAAACUUUUAAAAAUUCAAUAUUUUACAAUCCAGAGAAAUCUAUUUUGUACAAGCCAGAUGAUACCAAUUUUUUUUAUAAAAAAACAUGUUGCUUUUAGGUCGACUUGGACGAUUUUAUCAACUACUACGGUUCAAUAAGCUAUGGCUGUCACUCGGACGCUUACUUCGACCUGUUAUUGCGACAAACUUGGAACUACUAG